AUGUUUCCUCGCUAUUUUCCUUAUGGGCAGCUUCCAAAUGUCCCUAAUGUAAACCCACUUCUUGGUUUAAGCCUUGGGCUUCCGCUCGAUUCGACAUCCAUUGUUCCUGGCCAAGACAUAUCCUCUCUUCUUUUAUCCGCUCAAUCCAACCUUUCUGCACCGCCUUCUCUACAUGCCGCUUCACCCUAUUUUCUCCCACAAACGGCCCAAUUUCUUGGCGGCCUUCCCAUCACCAAUGCCGUGAAUCCACUCAUUGCCCAACUCAGUCUUUCCCAAAUGCUUCCUCUUUUGAAUCCUGGCCUCCUGCAAAGUUCAACUUGUGACCUCACUACCACCUCUUCAGAACCCUCUGAUGCUCACACUAUAGUUCGCGCUCCUGUCCUCUAUGGAAACAGCAGCGGAAGUAGUAUUUCUCAGGUGUCAUCAAAAGAGGCGAACAAAAGUCCACCGGAUCAGAUAGUGGCGUCGUACGCAGCAGCUGCUCGAGCUGCUGCCAUUGCCAAUCAGCAGCCGCUGUCGAAUGCUGCAGAAGUCUUUCUUUCUGCAACUGCCCCCGUGGCUGAACCUCUGACCAACACUGGUGGACAUGUCGUGACAACGAUCAAAAAUCGCACCACACAGAGACGUGCAUCCGGAGUCUGUGCAAAUCCUCCGUUAGGUGAAACCAAGUCUUCGCAGACAGUCGUCAAAUCGGAAGGUACCAAGCCUCCGCUGCCUUGGAACAGCGCUUGGACGCGCAUCGUGGAUCGUCAAUCCGACGUAGUCGUCUACAUUUCACCCGGUGGUUCACGACUGAAGAAUGUAGCUGAAGUACGUGCUCAUCUAGAGCGCUGGUUGUCGGCAGAGCAAGCAGCAUUGAUCUCAGACGAGUGUAUUAACACCAGUUUCUGUUUCGACGCCAACCGUGAGGUGCGUCUCGUCUCUGCGCCUGAUGACUCAAUUUUUGUCUUUCCUGAGGAGGUUGAAACAUCCAAUAGACCCCCUGUUGUGACAGAUACGUCUUUACCCUCUGCUCCAUUGCCUCCUUCACCGUCCUCAACCCCACCCGUGUCGUCUAAGGUCGAUGCUGUUUCUUCAAAAUCUACUGGCACAGUUGCUCCGACAGCCGCCCCAGAGAAUGAAGCAACUGCUUCUGUUGCAGUGUUUACUACAUCCGUUGCCACAAAGCGUUCAGCUCCAAGUCUAGAUCACACUGAUGGGAAGGAUGGCACAGAAUCCACGUUUUUACCUUCCUCCUCAGAAGCCGAAAUAAACGGUGCCUCUAGGGGAGAUGAGUCGAGGCAACCCAAGAAGGCAAAAGUUGACUCGGGAUCGGCCUGCGUACCCCAACCUCUGGCUCCUCUGCCCUCUUUCAGUAACGAUGUAGCCUUGACGACUCCAAGUUUUGUUGCUCGGACUAUGACAAGAGCUGGUGGGGCAACAACCGUUGUUCCCUCUGUUGUGCCUUCAGUUCUGCCUCCCACCACUACGUCCUCGACGGCUGGUACUUAUGCGCUGGCACAGCAUCUGGCCACCCUGCAACAGCAGCAGCAGGCUCUGUUGGCUACUGCUGGUCUCAUCCACCCAGCUGACGCUGCUCAUCAACAGCAGCAACAACUCUUUGAGCACUAUAAACAGCAGCACCAGCAACAAGCGGUUGCUGCGGCAGUAGCUGCAGCGUUACUUUUGCAACAGCAACAGCAGCAUCAGUUGCAAUUGCAACAGCAUCUGCAGACCGUCUACGCCACUGCCAUACAACAACAGCAGCAUCAGCAAACGCUUCAGCAACAGCAUCCUCAAGAUAGCAACCAGUGA